GUCUGCAUCCAUCGCAGAGGAGGCCCGUGUGGUGUGGGGCGGGCCAGGAGCAAGGAGAGGCCUUCCUCCCUUUGUGCUCCCCCCACCCAGCCCUAUAAAUAGGCCCAGCCCAGGCUGUGGCUCAGCUCUUGGAGGGAGUUGAGCACCAGGCAACCAGCAGUUAAGUCGAGCCCCCUGCCAGCAUGGCCAGCGAAUUCAAGAAGAAACUCUUCUGGAGGGCUGUGGUGGCCGAGUUCCUGGCCAUGAUCCUCUUCGUCUUCAUCAGCAUUGGCUCUGCUCUAGGCUUCAAUUACCCACUGAAGAGGAACGAGACGCUGGUCCAGGACAACGUGAAGGUGUCGCUGGCCUUUGGUCUGAGCAUUGCCACUCUGGCCCAAAGUGUGGGUCACAUCAGUGGUGCUCACCUCAACCCAGCUGUCACACUGGGGCUACUGCUCAGCUGUCAGAUCAGCAUCCUCAGGGCUGUCAUGUACAUCAUCGCCCAGUGUGUGGGGGCCAUCGUCGCCACUGCCAUCCUCUCGGGCAUCACCUCCUCUCUACCCGAGAACUCACUUGGCCGCAAUGACCUGUCUCAAGGUGUGAACUCUGGCCAGGGUCUGGGCAUAGAGAUCAUUGGCACCCUGCAGCUGGUGCUGUGCGUGCUGGCGACCACCGACCGCAGGCGCCGUGACUUAGGUGGCUCAGCCCCCCUUGCCAUUGGUUUUUCUGUGGCCCUGGGACACCUGCUGGCGAUUGACUACACCGGCUGUGGGAUCAACCCUGCCCGGUCAUUUGGCUCUGCUGUGAUCACCCGCAACUUCUCAAACCACUGGAUUUUCUGGGUGGGGCCAUUCAUUGGGGGUGCCCUGGCAGUGCUGAUUUAUGACUUCAUCCUGGCCCCACGCAGCAGCGACCUCACAGACCGCCUGAAGGUGUGGACCAGUGGCCAGGUGGAGGAGUAUGACCUGGAUGCUGAUGACCUCAACUCCAGGGUGGAGAUGAAGCCCAAAUAGAGGAGGCUUGGCCUAGGCAUCCAUAUGGGGGUGGGGCAGGGAUGGGCGGAGGGAGGGGAGGGCUGAAAUCAUAUUGUAGACGCUCUGACAGGCUGACAAAAGUCACUCCCCAAGACCGCCUGACCUGAGUGGUCCCGCCUUGUCUGGGGCAGCAAUAUCACUGUCUUUCUUUCUGUUUCCUGGUCUCAGAGCUUCCUAGGGACCAAGACUUAUCAACUCAGCACCUCAUUCCAUUGACAUCAGGAGGGGUGAAAGGGAGGGGCUCCCCUGCUAGCUGUCCUCUCAGAGUGCUAGAAAGCCCCCCCAUCCCAAAGUUGCCCGGCAAGUCACCCACCUUAGGUGCCUGGGAUUCUGCCAUUGUUGCUUUGUGCCUUUGAUCAUGGCCUUCCUUGGGUGGGCAUCUUGUCCCCAAAGACACUUUGAGGGAGAGGAGGUCCCCUAACUUUUGCCUUUGGCCUGACUUAUCUCCAGGACCCUUCCCCUUAGACUCACAAUAGGACCUUGAAAUUGUCCCAGUGCUGGGGCCUCAGUGACCACUUCUGUAAAGUGGCAAGGAAGGGACAGCUAUGGGGAUUCAUUAAGUGUGGAUGUACCACAGGCUCUAGAAGAAACAGUGUAGACAGCAUUGCUUUGUCUACCUUGGCCUGAGCUCUUUGCCAACAUCCACAGCCUAUGAGCACGUGAGGAUGAGCUAUGGAGCAGAGAUGUAGUUCAGGAUGCUGGGAGUGCCUGGUCACCUGAGAGGCUUCCUUUAGGUAGGUUUGCUGGAGCAGAGUGAAGGUCAUUUUGUGGUGGAGGAAGAGCUAACACUCUAUUAUGGAGCUCUAGUUACAUGACCCUGAUUGGAUAGUGUUUUUCAGUUCUCCAUCCCCCUUGCAGUGUGGAUCUGGAGAAUGUGUUUAUUAAAGAGCAUUGAGCUAUCUGUAGCACAGUGUCCAAGGUGGGAAGCCGCUAGAUGUGGAGCAGCCCUGGGCAUGCAGGGGCUUGGCUGGCCCUAGUUCACAUCAUGAUCAAGGAGGCCACUCCCGGCCCUGGCGUAUGAGCUCCUGGCUGUCUGCAUUUGGUCAGAGCCUGGACAACCGGAACAGGCUCACUGUGUGACCCUAUGCAUAGUCUUCUUUCCUUAUUGACCCGAUGAUACUUCUCCUCCAGCCCAAGGACAGCUCAGAGCACAGUCAGCUCAGGGGUGGGCAUCUUGAGUUCAGCUCCCUAGGUUGGUCCAUUCAUCAGAUCAGAGUGGCUCCACCACCGUGCCCUUGACCUUAUUGUGAACAUAAACCGAGAGAUACAUUCCUCAGGUGCUUAGAAGUGGCAGGACAGUUAGGAGGCCUAUGGCUGCACACUCUUCUCCAUUCCCUAGCAGGCACUGUAGCUCACUUAGCGGAUAAGGACACUGAGGACCCAUGUGCCUAACUAGAUCACGCUGGGUCAAUCUUAGCAGCCAAGGCCUUGUCUGUCCAUCCCUUGGGCAAUGACGUGGACUCCUCUCCCCUCCAGCUUCAGUUUCUGCCUGGGUAAUGGCUAAGGGCCUGGGGCGGUAGUGAGGGAUAUGCUGGAGAAGGCGGGGCAGGCCCAUCCCACCUGGUUCUGGCCACUGUGAUCAAGGGCUCCGCAUCUGUCUGCUCUGUGUAUGUUUCUUUGCAAUUGAAAUUUUAUCUUAUGGUAAGAAAAUAAAGGACAAUGACUUGUAAGGUC